AUAGUUAUUUCAGAAACAAAUUAGAAAAGGGUUAUUGCAGUUCACAUGAAUAUAGGCAAGGUGCAAGUCAAGGAAACACUAAAGACCAAAUAUUCCAUUCAACAUUGCAACCAAAUACUUGAACAACAACCUAUUUGAACAAAGAGCCUAAAUUAGAGAUGAAAACUUCAUUGGUAGUAAGCAUUGUGUUAGUGGCAUUGGUUGCCAUAUGUUGCUCCGAUGACAGCCAGUUCGAGAGGACCAAGAGAUUCAUUUUUCAUCAUUGCAAGAAAGGAGACCGAGGACCACCAGGCCCUCCCGGACCACCUGGACCAAAAGGGUCCCCAGGGCCACAAGGACCACAGGGAACACCAGGAACACAAGGUCCCGAGGGGCCAACAGGGCAAAAUGGAUCACCGGGUUCACCAGGACCUGCAGGACCUUCAGGAUCACAAGGGAGUGCUGGAGUUCCAGGACCACCAGGGCCACAAGGUCCUGAAGGGCCAAAAGGAGAAACUGGCCCACCAGGCUCACCAGGCUUAAAUUGCAAAAUACAGAGUGGUAAAACGGCUUGCUGUCCGAAAAAUUUUCUUCUCUUUGCUUGCAGCAGCACGUCAUGUAAAGUGAAGCGUAAUAAAAAUACUUGCAGUUGCGAGAAACAGAAGAAAGGGAAUAAACAGAAGAAAGUAGUAAAAGCCUUGUGUUGCCAGCAUGGUUAAUAACGAACAAUUAAAUUUAUUCAAUAUAAUUAUAUUAAGCUGUAGCAGCAACAACUACGAAUAGUGCAAAAAGAAAAUUACAUAAAUGU